AAAAUCAAUUUAAAAAUUAAAUUGCAAAACAUACAAAAAAUCGGCGGCAAAAUUAUUAAUAAUAAAAAAACAAAAACAAAAUAUUACAUAAAAGUCCACGUUGGAAAAAUAUCUUUUAUAUAAUAUAUACAUACAUACAUUGCAUAUUAAUUAUUAUACUAAACAUUCUCAAUAUUAUCAAAAAAUUUAAUAAUAAAACUAUUAUACAUACUUAAUACAUAAAUAUACUCUUAAUAUAAAAGUAAUUAGAAUAACAUAAAAAUUUUAAAUUUUUUACAAGUGAGUGAAGUGAUUGGAUUGGAUAAACCAGUAAAUUAGAGAGACAGAAAAAAAAACAAGUUUUAAUAAAAAAAAUAAGAUUUAACAUAACAUUUAACAUAACAUCAUAUUUGAAAAUUUGUCGUCUCUCAUUAUUAUUAUUCAUAUUAUUUAAUAUACGUAUAUAUAUACAUAAAUACAAAAUGUAUACAUGCAUAAUAUUGUGAUUAUUAUGUCGAGAUCACAGGUGUACUAUUUAUUUUAAAUAAAUAAAUAAAUAAAUAAAUAAGUAAAUAAAAUCUAAAUACAGAGAAAAUGUAUAGUUUUUCUGGUUUACUUUGGAAUAUCCUUUGGAGAUAUGAGAAAAUUCGAACAUACUUAUAAAUGAGUUCUCAAUUGAAUUUUUAAUAAAGUUCACAUUAAAUACGGAGAUUGGAAUAAUCCAAUCAAUUCAUACAAACAUACAUAUAUACAUUUAUUAAUUGCAAAAGAAAAAUAAAUUAAAAUUCAAAAUGAGUUUUAAUAAUCAUAGUAGAAGUAACAGUGAUUGCGACAUGCUGUCGUACAAGGAAAUUUUACCAAUAUUUUUAGAAGAUUUUCUACGUGAUUUUUCAUUUAACGAUAUUUAUUUUCAUCUAUUAAAUUGCGAUAUAUUUACACAAGAAGAAUUAAAUAGAAUAAAAACAUUACAGGAUAGUCAAUUGUGGUCAAUACAAGAAUUAGAAUCAAUUUCAUAUCAGGAAUUUGAAUCACGACAAACAUUAUUAAUGUUUACAAUAGUUAUUGAUAAAAGAGAUGAUAUUAUAAGAAGAUUUUUAGAUAUAUUAAAAAAAGAUUAUUCAUGGUUAACUAAAAAAGUAUUAAAUGCAUAUAAAAUAAUUGAAAAUAAAGAUCAUUUACAAUAUUUAUCAGCUGUAUAUGAAUUACGUACAACAUUUCCAAAACAUUAUGAUUUUAAUGUUCGACGUUUAAAAUAUUAUUGCACUAUACGAAAUCAUUUAAGAGAAUUAAAACCUAAAAAUUAUUUAACAAUUUAUGGUGAAUUAGGUUUUGGUAAAAAAUGGUUAGCAUUAGAUGCAUGUUGUGAUUUUGCAACAAUGAAAAAAUUUGGUUUCAAAGUAUAUUGGAUUGAUGUACAUAAUUGUAAUAGUCGUGAAAGAGAUUUAGAAAAAUUACAACAAUUAAAAAUAUUAUUAGGUGAAUGUAAUUUUCGUAAAAAAUCUGGUGAUUAUGAAGGUAUCGAUAAUAAAAUAUUGGAAUUACAACAAGAAUUACGUGCAAUAUUAAGACAAACAGAAUAUAAAAAUUGUUUAUUAAUAUUAGCUGAUGUACAAAAUCGUAAAACAUUAGAAACAUUUGAUUUAAGAUGUAAAAUUUUAAUAACAACACGUAAUAAAAAAUUAAAAGAUUAUAUGCCAACAUCAUUAAAUAAAGUAAUACAUAUACAAGAUGGUUUAACAAAAUUUGAAUAUUUAAAUAUGUUUGAAAAAAUUUUAAUGAAAUCAAAAAAAUUUUUUCCUGAUAAUUCAACGGAUUUAUAUGAUUAUAGUAAAGGUCAUCCAUUUUUAUUAAAUAUGAUUGCAAAAAAUUUAAAACAGCAAAUAAGUGAUGAAUGGUCACCAUGGAUUAGAAAUUUAGAGAAAUUUAAAAUUGAUGAUAAAAUUGCUAGUACAAUACAAUUAUCAUUAAAUGUAUUAAAUAAUGAUGAAAUGAAUUUAUUUAAAACAUUAACAAUAUUUCAUCAUUCUGUUAAAAUACCAGUUAAGGUAUUAGCUGCACUUUGGAAAAAAAAUGAUCUUGAAGCUAAAAAUAUUAUAUUUAAAUUUGAUAAAUUUUCAUUAAUUACAAAGGCUCAAUUAAGUGAUGGUUCAAUGGCAUGUGUAAUACACUUUUUAUAUCAUUCAUAUUUAAAAACCAGUACAAUUUGUGAUAAUCGUAUUGAAUUGCAUAGAAAUUUAGUAGAAAAUUACAGGAUUUCAAAUGCAUUAAAUCAUCGUUAUGAAUAUGAUUUAGUUGAAUUACCGAAUGAUGAUUAUUUUCAUUAUUUUAUUGGUUAUCAUUUACGUGAGGCAAAUAUGAUUGAAUAUUUUCCAAAAUUAUAUUUAGAUUUUGGUUUCUUGGGUCAAAAAUUACGUGCAUCUGGAUUACCAAAUACAAUUGGUGAUUUAAAAUAUUAUCGAUCUGAAAUAACUGGUGGUGAUAAAUACAGGGAGCAAUUGGUUGAUAGCCUAUUAGAAUUUUUACCAAAUAUUGAAGAAAUGAUAUUUCGUUCAAGUGAUACAUAUUUAUUACAAUAUGCAUUAAUGGGUAAUGGUAUAUUACAUGAGGAAGCAUAUAAACAAGUUCAACAAUUUCCAGAUAAAAUAUUUUUUAUUGAUGGAUAUGAAUAUCCAAAUAUACUAAAUCCAACGAAUAGUUUAAAAAAUAUUAAAAGACCAACCGAAAUCAAUUCUAGUGGACAUUUUCAUCGAAGGCGUCAAAUGAUCUCAUUACCAUAUAAGCCAAAGCAUUUAAAAUUAAUUGAACCAGAUACAUGUUUAAUUGCUCUCGAUAAUAAUAUUAUGUUAUUGGCUGAUCUUUCAUUAGGAUAUAGUAUUGAACCAACAAAAUUUGAAGGACAUCGAAGUGAAAUUAUUGAAAUGGAAAUGUUUGCAAAAAAUUUCAUAAUUUCACUUGAUCGGGAAGGUGAAGUAAGAAUUUGGUCGAUUGUAGAUGAACGUAGAAGAUCACUAGAACGUAAACAUAGCAGUAGAUCUGUUGUUAAUCAUAUUGAUUUUAAUAUUGAAAGAAUGAGGAAGAAAGAAUGCGUUCAAGUGAUCACAAAAAAUAUUGAUGGACAAAAGAUUAAAGUUCAAAAUUUCCAUUUGGAUAAUUAUUCUGAUGAAAGAGAUAUUUAUUUACAUUUAGUAUUUAAUAAUGGCGAUAUAUGUAUAUAUAAAUGGUCUGAAAAUCAAUAUUGCUUUGAAGCUGAACGAAUUCCAACAUUACAUUCACGUAUUUUAAAUAUACGAUUUUUAGUAAAAUUAUUUGAUGAAUAUUAUAUAUUAUUGAAUAAUACUGGUAGUCUUAAAAUCUAUAAAUUAUUGGAUAGUUCAAAAAGUUGUUUUUCAUUUGAAUGGCCACAAGAUACAGAUGCUCCAAUACGUGUUCAUUAUUUUAAAACAAAUGUUGAAUCAGUAAUUUUUGUUUUUGGUAUGAAAAUAUUACAAGCAAAUUUUCCAAAAACAAAUUUUGAAUUUUUAAAAGGUGAUUUACAAGUUUUAUACGAAACACAAGAUCGACGUUCAGCUAUAACAUGUAGCUGUUUAUCAGAUGAUAAUCGUUAUUUAAUAAUUGGUACAAAACAAGGUAUUAUUGUAUUUGAUGUUAUCGAAAAAUCUGAAAUGUUACGUAACAGUAUAAGCGAAUCAAUUGUAUGCGUUGAUAUUUAUACAUUAGAUGAUCCAAUUUAUAAAUAUAUUAUUGUAUCCGGUUCAGAAAAAUAUAGUGUAUUAAAUAUAUUUGGUUUAAAAAUGAGUGGUAAUGAAUCAAUAACAUGGUCUAAUAGUAUUGGUACAUUAGGUAAAGAAAAAACAUCAAAUCCACAAUUUGAACCAAAUGCUUGGUUAUUAGGUGAAAAAAUGUUUGAUGUUAAUUUUCGGGAAAAUUCAUCAUCAUUAGUUGCUGUUGAUUCAAAAAAUCGGAUACAUCGAAUGACAACAGAAAAUAAAAAUUGGUCAUUAUUUGUACCGAAAGAUAUAAACUGUAAGAUAACUGCCAUAACAUCAUUAGAUAAUUUAUGUUUCUAUGGUUGUGAAUGUGGAAAAAUUUAUUAUUUAACUGGAUCAAAUGAUAAUUUUAGUAGCGGAAGUAGCAGUAGUACAUUACGUUAUGGUUCAUUCUCAGAUGAAUCAGAUUUAGAAGAAGAAGAAUUAUUUCAUGGUAUUAUUAAAGAGAAACCAAUAACAUAUUUAAAAUUAUUUAAUAAAAAUUUAUUGGUUGCAUCGUCAUCACAAAUAACAAAAUGUUUGAUAGUUUUUAUAAAUACAAAGCAAGUUUUUGAUAAAAAUAUUAGUGUUGUAAAUUCAUUUAUUGCUUUUAAUGAUCAAUUUUUAAUAUUAAUUGAUGAGAAUUGCUAUUUCUAUGUAAUAAAUUGUGCUAAAAACUGUGAAAUACUAUAUCGUGAUACUGACAUAUUUGAGAAAUUUUAUGAUAAUCCAAAUGGACCAUUAUUGGGUGGUGCUGAUUAUAAAGAUGGAACAUUUGUUAUUGGAACAAUAAAAUCAGAUAUUUUUACCUACAGAAUAAAUUUGGAAGAAUCAAAUCAACUUUUAGACAUUAAUGUGUCAACAUUUCAACGAAGUACUACAGAAGAGAUUACAUGUAUAGCUGUAUCAAGAGAUACAAAUUUAUGUGCUGUUGGUUUAAAAUCCGGCCAAAUAGAGGUUUAUAGAUAUUCGGGUGAUCAAUUAAUUAUAUUACAAAAAUUAGAUUCACAUAAACAACAAAUAUAUGAUUUAAAAUUUUCACCAUGGCAAAAUGAUAAUUUACCAAUUGUAUUAGCAAGUAGUUCAGAACAAUUAUGCUUUUGGGAUAUAACAUAUGUAUUAAAUAAUCCAUUAGAUGGUAAAAGACGUCGUCAUAGUUCACGUUUUAAUUCAACAACAUCAGCUAGUAAUAGUCCAAAUCGUUUAAGUACAAUUAAUCGUUCAAUUGUUCCAAUAUAUCCUAAUACAAGUCAAUUAAAUAAUGCUCUAUUAGAUGUCAGAAAUCAACAACAGCAAUUUAAUCAACUACAACAACAACAACAACAAUCGCAUUCAUUACAAAAUCAAAAUGUUUGGUCAAAUAAAAAAGGACCAUCUGAUAAACCAGAGCUAUUAUCAUGUAUAAAAUAUGCUGGUGGUAGAGCUGAAAAAUUUUAUGCAAAUUCAACAUUUACAAAAUUCGUUACUAUUGAUGAUGAAGGAGAAUAUUAUUUUUUGACUGUACAAGAUGCUACACUUAUAAAUAAUGAAAAUAAAAUAUUUAAUAAUAAUGAUAAUAAAAAUAUUAAUAAUAAUAAUAAUAAUAAUAAUAAUAAUAUUCUAAAUAGUACUAAUUUAAGUAAUUAUUUUAAUAAUAAAUUUUAUAAUUUAAAUAUUAAUAAUAAUAAUAAUAAUUAUGGUACAAAUGGUGGUUUAUUUAAUGGUCGUUAUUCACAUAACGACGAUGAUGAUAAUUUAAGUGAUGAUGUAAUAAUUUGACAAAUCAGUAAUACAAAAAAUAAUGAAAUGAAUAAUUAUAAAAAUAAUAAAAUAUUAAAUAAUUUAUUUGUUAUAUUGUAUUACAUGAUUGUUUGCAUAUUUUAUAUAAGUAUAACGUUUAGUACCAAUUUUUGAAAUAUCUCAAAUUAUAUAAUAUAUAAAAAAUGAAAAUUUAAAAAAUUUCAUUAAAAAAAAAAAAAUAUAUGCCAACUUGUAAA